CUCUCAAUGCCAAAAACAAAACUAAUGCGCACGAGCACGGCCCAUGAGCAAGCAGCAACGACGCGGAAGAACCAAGAGAAGGAGGAGGAGGAAGAGGAGACGCGGGUGAGAUGCGGGUGGGAAGAAAGCAAGACCCCAGUCUGCAUGUGGGAAACACAGUGCAUGUGCGCGCGCGCACGGGGAAACUAUCGCGGUGUCCAAGAGAGCGGUCAAGCUCAAUCUGGGCCGCAAGAGGAGCUCGAGGACCCUCUCGGAGGCUCUCAAGUCCAGCGUCGAGCUUCUUCAGACCGCCAGGGCGACUUCCUGAGCUGUGGAGUGGAGAGAAAAAAAGAGGGACGAGGACAGAAGGAGGAAAAAGGAGGAGGAGGAGGAGCGCUGUCCUCUUGAACCCCUCGCGGCAACGCCCGUAACCGUGGACGUUCACGUCGCACGUCUGAUUCAGCACUGCCAUCUCGAUGCCGCCACCUUCGAAACCACCACGCAUGCGAACAGCGUACGCCUCGACUGUCUCGCCGAAAUCAUACUUGAUCCAAUCCUGGAUGGCCGUGUCCGCGAUGGUCACCGUCGGGCUCCUCACCAUGUAGUUGCACACGUCGCGGCGCAGCGUCUCCGCAGAUGGCUUGCCAGACAGGGCAAAGCUCAAUGAGUGGAACAGGCAUGAGCCAUCACCAGGCUGAGGGUUCACCCUCGCCUGCGCCCCGCCAGGGGCGGCCAUUUGAAGGGGCGGGGGACUGUUGGUGGGCAGUGCGUACAAGGCCGCCCGCCGAAUGCUCCACCGCCCCUCAGUUGCUCGCGGGCACCCAAGGCGCGCCAGCACACUUGAGCCAGGAGGAUGGGGAGGCUCCCCUCCCUUCGGAGGCGGCUGCGGCGUCUGAACUGGUUGGGACCCCAAAGGAUUGGUCAGGAGGGGGGAUGAGGCCAAAUCCGCUCAA